CUUCAGAAAGAUUUUUACUUAUACAAAGACAUUAUUUUUCUACAAAUUUUAAUUAAGAAAUUAGAAACGAAAUGGCAACGGAUAAUUCAAUCGACGUAUUCUCUGACAGUUGGAUUCAAAUCGGUGCACUAAUGCCGGGGACAAGCCACACUGAGCCGAAAAUGAGCAUACAGCCGAUGCAAAGACCUUAUCUCAAACGACGUUCGGUAGCAUCGAAAACAAUGGUAAAAACAGCUAUUAAAACACUCACGCGUAAUCCACGUGUUGGCGUCUCGUUUAUGGCAAUCAAAAAAUUUAUUGAAGAAAACUAUUCCUUUACGCAUACGAACAAGCGAUUUUACUUCGUCAAGCGUUACAUUAGGAAUUCACUCGAGAAGGGUGAACUUAUACGUACAAAGGGAGUUGGCGUGAGCGGUUCAUUUCGUUUACCGUUCACAAAGCGCGUUCUUAAAAAGAAACGGAACAAAAAGAAGCCAAAUAUCAAUAAACGAAAACGUAAAGUCAGGAAGGCAAAUAUCAAUAAACGAAAACGUAGACUCAGAAUCAGAAAAGCUAUUCAAAGAAAAGUUAGAAAACAAAUGAAAGAGAUGAAAUUGAAUGAUAGAUCACGAGACGCACAAUUGAGCGGCGAAAACGCCAUUGAUGCAACUGCUUGUAACACCGAGGACCCGAAGCAAGAAAUGAGCAAUGUUGUGAGAAAACUGAAUGACGCUUGAAAAGCAACACAUCGCUGAAGUGAUUGUAGCCUCAAGACAUAAAAUCACGGCGGAAAAAAAAACUAUAUUUUUUAUAAAA